AGCAGAUAGACUAGUUUCGCGUUGAGCCCUCGAAAAGUGUUUUCUAAACAUAAAUAACUUUCUUGCGAAAUUAGAAAGAAUGUUUCAGAACUUGUCUGUGGAUUGAAAGGAUGUUUCGGUGGAACAAAGACCUUUAUAUUAAAUCAGUUUAUAUAAAUUUGUAAGAAAAUAACUUGUAUCAUAUUAAGUAAAUUUAUUAUCAUUUACUAAAGUGUUUCUUGAUAACCCUCCUCAACUACCGCCGGCCCGCUUAGCUCAAUAGGGAGAGCGCAGAUCUACGAAUUAACCUCUCGCCGUUAUACAUAACUGAAAUAAAAACAAACAAACAAUCCUCAACUACCAGUUUAUCUCAAAUACUAAUCCUUUAUAAAACAUUUAUAGAUCUCGACUGUUUCAUUUUUAAUGCUCAAAAUUGGUGUACAGUUGUAGUUUGUUUGAAUUUUAAUUGCUUGGUUUAUGGAUUUGAUUCUAGUAUUUUGUUUCAAUGAUAUUGCUAAGUUGCUAUUUCGUUCUUCCUUAAUAUAGUUCUUUUUUAGCCUGUGAAGUUUCAGUGAAGAUUAUUCCAAAAUUCUCUUUCAUUUUUUUUACAUAACUGCAUAAUACACAUAUGUUGUAAAGGACUUAGCAACGUAAACUUUGGCUUUUUGGUAUGUAAAAAUGCGCAUGGCGGAUUAAUAGUGAUAAUACAGAACCUGUUGACGUCGUUUUACCAGUCAAGCUCACUGGCACCAGAUCAGAAAUAAAUUGACAUUGUAUAUAAUAUCAUUUCCCUAUGUAUCACAAGACAUACAUUGUACGUGAUACCCUUCCUCUACGUACAAGAAAAUAUACAUUUCACGUGACAUCUUUCCCCUAAGGUAGACAAUCGUUGUACAUGAUACUCUUCCCCUGUAUGUAGAUUUACAUGGUAUGUGAAACCCUUUCCCUUUGUAUAGCAAAGUAGAUAUGUCUGUCGUACUACACGCAGGGUAUGGGUAUCGAAUUUGAUUGCAUUUUAUGUGCAAUGUUAUUUUAUUUCUGGUCUGGAGCUAGUGGUCAAGUUAUGUUGCUACGUUUGUUACAAAGUCAAAUAAAACUUUAAAUGAUACGAGAAGGGUUGGGACAUGAUUUCUUUAUCUGAUUACGAUAAAUCGUGUCAAGAUAUAUUGAUAUUGUAUACAUGUAUGAAAUACCGAUGGAUACAGCUUGUUAAAUCAAAUAGACAAUAAGAAAGAUAGUAUUCAGGUUAACUCGUAACGACAUAAGUGAUAUUUACAAAAGAAAACUAAAUUUCAUACAUCUCAUAUGAGUUCAGUGAAUAUUGCUAGUUAAGCAAGAAAAAAUAUUUAGGAUAUAUGUAUAUUAAACUUUGAUAUUCUUGAUCUCGUUGAUAAUCAGAAAUAUUAUAUAUUUUUGCUAGUUCUUAAAUGUAUGGGAAAUGAGAUGAUCAUGCUCAGUUCGAGUGGCAGUUUAAUGUGCACUGCUUCUGAAUACAAUAUUUUCAAAAGGGAAAUACUUACGGACGGAAAAAAGAUUUAAUAAUGACAAUCAUAUUCGGAUAACUACUAUAGUUGUUAUGGAUUUACUCGAUCGAUUUUGCGGAGAGUUUCAUUUAUGGGACACAGACUCUAUACUCCAAGACAAACCAGAGAUCAGUCCGUGUUUCGAAGACACUCUUCUCGUAUGGAUUCCUUACGGUUAUCUGUGGGUCGUUCUGCUUCCGUUUGCUGUAUAUCUGUACAGAAAGGAACGGGAUCCGCCGUUGCCAUUCCACAAGCUGCUGAUAACCAAACAAAUGCUGACACUCGUUAUUUUUAUACUGGUGAUAGCCGAGGUUUUAUUAAAGAGAGGGACGGGCUACAGGUGCUCUGGUGAUUCGAAUCUCCCAACAGCUGCAUACGUAGCUGCUGAAGUAAAAGCAGCGUCGUUUAUAUUGAUCUUGGCAGUGGAAGAGGGAAUGCGCCAUGUUGGAGUGAAGUCUUGUAUCAUCCCAUUUGUUUUCUGGCUUCUUAUUGCAGUGGCAGAAGUUAUACCAGUAUACUCUUUAGUAACAGCUAAUACAUGGUGCUUGGCAAGUACUAUCACGUGUAUCAAGUUAGUUUUCAUUUGGAUUCAACUGAUACUUCGUUGUUUUGCUGACCAAUAUGGUGAAUCUGAUUAUCAGACUUUGGAAGAUGGUAUUCAGUGUCCACUUGAAAAUGCGUCAUUUAUAAACAGACUAACAUACACAUGGAUAUUUCCGUUAGUUGUAGAUGCAUACAGGAAACCUUUGACUGCUACUGGCAUAUGGAGGCAAACUAAGCAUCUGAAAAGUCAGUAUGUGGUGGGAAAAUUUUUGAAGAACUGGAACCGUGCGCACGAGCAAUAUGAGGCGACAAUGUCCAGACGAAGAAGAUCAUCCAUUGAUUCUGAAUAUGAAGAACCUAAUGAAAAAACUCCUAUUUUGUCAAAAGCACGUAAUGCUAGCAUACAAAGAGACGGGUUACAACGCUUUGACAAUAUCAAGCCGAAAAGAGUCAAUGGACCGUCAAUAUUUCUAGUGAUGUGGAGGACCCACCGUGGUCGAUGGGCAGAAGCGACAACUUACAAAAUCAUAGGGGAUACGUUUGAUCUUCUACAGCCGUUCAUAUUGAAUUUCAUAAUACAAUUGAUUGAAAACAGAGAUACGACAAACUCGAAACAUUACCCUAAAUGGAUUGGUUAUGCGUGCUCAGUGGCAUUGUUUGUAGCUAGUAUGAUGAAAACAUUCUUUUGGAAUUUUGCACGAUUCAGUCAGAAGUUCAUCGGACAGUCAAUGAAAGCACAACUUAUUGGAGCUGUUUAUAGGAAAACUUUCGUUCUGUCAAACUCUGCUAAGAAGACAUCAACCGUUGGAGAGAUUGUCAACUUGAUGGCUGUAGACUGCCAAAGAAUACAGGACUCUAUAACGCUGUCACACCAUGUCAUCUCCAUACCUUUCGUCACCUCCAUCGCCAUGUUACAAUUGUGGUAUCUGAUUGGUCCAGCCACAUUUAGCGGUAUUGGUGUGAUUAUUGUAAUGAUCAUUUUGAACGGAAUUCUUGGUAGAUGGCAGCAGGGUCUACAAGGACUUGUUUUGGGAUACAAAAGUAACCGCAUCAAGAUUUUAAACGAAAUUAUAAACGGAAUAAAGGUGCUUAAAAUGUAUACGUGGGAGAGACCAUUCCAGAAAAAAGUUUCUUCGUUGCGAAAUAAAGAAGUUUAUAUACUUAGAAAAGUGGCUGUUGUUAUCGCAGUGGCAUUGUUUCUCUCGUUUUUUAGUCCUUUCAUGGUGAGCUACGCCUUUUACGUGGUAUACACUUUAACACAGCCUAUUCACUAUCUAGACGCUCGUACAGCGUUUGUAGUUUUAGCUCUUGUCAGUACGAUCCGCCAUCCAGUCUCUCUCACUUCAGAACUGAUCAACGGUUUUGUUCAGGGCUACGUAUCACUGAACAGAAUCCAAGAAUUCCUAUGGAAGGAGGACAUGGAUACGAGUAAUUUAACCAUUUCGGAUGCAUCUGAAUAUGCUGUAAGCAUUGAAAAUGGCAUAUUUACCUGGAACAAGGGGAGAAUGAAGGCAACACUUAGAAGAAUUAAUCUGAAUGUGUCUGAGGGUCAGCUUAUUGCUGUUGUUGGACAAGUGGGAAGCGGAAAAACAUCGCUGCUAUCUGCAAUGCUCGGCGAAAUGGAGAAAAUUCAUGGACACGUGACAUUAAAAGGCAAUGUAGCCUAUGUCCCACAAGAAGCAUGGAUUCAAAAUUUGACAGUCAAAGAAAACAUUGUGUUUGGUAAUGCAUUUGACCAAAUCAGAUACAACAAAGUCGUCGCUGGAUGUGCUCUGAUCUCAGACCUUGAAAUGUUCCCUGGAGGUGACCAAACGGAAAUUGGUGAAAAGGGCAUUAAUUUAAGUGGUGGACAGAAGCAGCGGGUGAGUCUUGCACGAGCAGUCUAUAGUGAUGCAGAUAUUUACUUACUGGACGACCCUCUUAGUGCUGUUGACUCUCAUGUAGGGAAACAUCUAUUCAACAACGUUAUUGGACAACAAGGACUUCUAAAACACAAGACUCGUAUCUUGGUAACUCAUGGUAUUCAUUGGUUGCCGAUGGUUGACAACAUAAUUGUUAUAGCGGAUGGUUUGAUAUCUGAAAUGGGGACUUACCAGGAGCUUAUUUCUCGAGACGGACCUUUCGCACAACUUUUACAGACUCUAGAACAAGAUGAUAGUGACUCAGACAGUGACUUCACUGAAGGUGAAGAAACCAAAGAAGAUAGGAAUGUUGAAAGUAUCAUUAGGAAACGUAGUAUAUCAUCAGAAAAAGAUAAGCAGUUUGGAAUGUCAUUUUCCAAAGAUCAAGGAAUGCACUUUGACGAUGAAAUUGAUGAUGGAAAUAAACGGCAUCAGUUAAUUCAGGAAGAGACUUCUAAAGAAGGACAUGUACAACUUGAUGUAUUCCGAAGCUACCUUAAAGCUAUGGGAUAUCUUGCAACAACAAUAGCAUUAGUAUUUAUGACAAUAUUCCAAGCUAUGAGCGUUUAUUCAAACUACUGGCUUACGUACUGGACCGAAGACGCCCUACUCAAGAACUUAUCUCUGGGUCAUACCCGUGAAUAUGAAAAUAAAUUUGUGUAUUACUUGGUGGGCUAUACUAUUAUUGGGAUUAUCCAAGGCAUUGCCAUGAUUUUAUUUGGAAUUGUAAUUUCAAUACGUAUGGCUGUUGCAUCUGGUAUCAUGCACAAAGCUAUGUUGAAGUGUAUUUUACGGUCGCCAAUGUCAUUCUUUGAUACGACACCGGUUGGAAGAAUCAUGAAUAGAUUUUCCAGUGACAUAGACAUCAUGGACGUAAGAAUACCUUACGUCAUAAGGUGGCUAAACACGCAGAUAUUCCAGUUAGCGGCAAUCCUUGUUGUAGUUUCUAUCAACACACCAAUCAUCAUGGUCGUCAUCUUUCCUGUCACUUUCAUUUAUUACAUGCUAUUGAGAUUUUAUUUGCCGACGGUCCGACAAGUUACUCGACUAGAAUCUGUGACAAGAUCUCCGAUUUUCAACCAUUUCAGUGAAACAAUAACCGGAGCGGGUGUGAUCAGAGCAUACAGAUGUAAAGAGAAGUUUAUCACUGAACUAGACAGAAGAGUUGACCAGAACAUCAAGUUUAUGUUUGCUUCCAUUUGCUCCGCCAAAUGGAAUGCAAUUUGUUUGGAAAGCUUAGGUAAUCUUCUGAUACUUUCAACGUCCAUAUUUGCAUUUACAGCAGAUGGAUUGAAUGGUGCACAAAUUGGUCUUUCUAUAACGUAUGCAUUACAGGUGACACUGAGUCUAUUGCGUGGUGCACAGUUGUUAGGAGAGUUGGAAAUGAGAGUGAUCUCCAUUGAAAGGGUUAAAGAAUAUACUGAACUUUCUUCAGAGGCGCCUUGGACGAUCGGCGCUGAAACACCAAGUGCUGACUGGCCACAAACUGGGUCUGUUGAAUUUCACUCUUACACAACUAGAUAUAGGAAUGGACUUGAACUGACUUUGAAAGGAAUCAAUUGUCAAAUAAGAUCUGGCGAGAAGAUCGGCAUUGUUGGUCGAACAGGCGCAGGCAAGUCAUCUUUAGCAUUGUCGUUAUUUAGAUUAAUUGAAUCCGCUGGUGGAUCCAUUGUAAUUGAUGGACAAGAUAUAUCAAUUAUUGGACUACAUGAUCUCAGGGAGAAACUAACGAUAUUACCUCAGGAUCCAACGUUGUUUUCUGGAAGUUUGAGAGAAAACAUAGAUCCAUUUGGCAAAUUUGCUGAUAUAGGUCUUUGGAAAGCAUUAGAAUGUGCUCAUCUCAAAAGAACAGUACAGAAUAUGCCUGGACAGCUAGAGUAUGAAUGCGGGGAGGGUGGAAGUAAUCUCAGUGUUGGUCAAAAACAACUAGUGUGUCUUGCGCGAACAUUACUUCACAAAACAAAGAUCUUAGUGUUAGAUGAGGCGACGGCAGCGGUAGAUCUUGAGACAGAUGAAUUGAUACAGACAACAAUACGAACUGAAUUUAGUGAUUGUACAAUUCUUACGAUAGCGCAUAGACUCAAUACUGUACUAGAUUAUGACAGAGUGAUGGUACUAUCAGAAGGAGAAAUUGUUGAGAUGGACGCACCAGGUAAACUACUUCAAAAUCCAAACAGUAUUUUCUUCAAAAUGGCAAAAGAUUCAGGACUAGUGAGCUAAAUAGAUUGACGAUGUUCGCUGCAAUUGUUUCAGUAUUUGGUUGACAUUGUUUAUGUUUCCGUAUUCUGGCUGGUACGAGUAUGACUGUGAAUCAUACUUGUUUCUGAUUAGUCCCCUAUUGGUUAAAAACCAAUUUCGGGGACCAUAGGAUUGCACUUUUCCAUCCGUCCGUCAUUCCGAUUUUAAUGUUACUUGGCACAAAUGUUUCCCAUCAGAGACGAUUUUAAUGUUACUUGGCACACAUGCACAAAACCCGGACCGCUAGCUCAAAAGUCAAGGUCACACUUGGAGGUUGCUUAGAGGUCAAUGUUCAACACGGCAUUUUCCUGUCAGGUCUGUAACUCAACAAUACAUGAAGGGAUUUUAAUAUUACUUGGCAAAUAUGUACUCCAUAAUAAGAUGAUGUGUCAAGCACGACUUUCAGACCCCUAGCUAAAAGGUCAAGGUCACACUUGGCGGUCAAAUGUUAACAUGGCAUGAACAGGGUCUGUUUCGUGUCCGGACAAGAACUUUGUCAUCCAUCAAAUGAUUACAAUAUUGUUUGGCAAAUAUUUUCUCCAUAAUCAGACAGUGUCUUAUAAGGGUUAAGGAAUAUGUCUUAUGCGCAACACCCAGAACCCUAGCUCAAAGAUCGAAGUCACACUUGGAGAUCAAAGGUCAAUAGGGGUUUUUCCUGUCCGGUUCAUAACUUUGUCAUUCAUCAAGGCAUUUAAAUGUUACUCGGUAUAAAUAUUCUCCAGAAUGAGACGUUUUGUCAUAGCGCAAAACCCGGACCCCUUACUCAAAGAUCAUGGUCGCACUUUGAGGUCAAAAGUCAUAACUGAUCUUUUCCUGUCCUGUCUGUAAAAUAUUUUAACAGGACAUUUUCCUGUCCGGUCUGUAACUAAACAAUUCAUGAAGGGAUUUCAAGGGACUUUCCUGUCGGGUCUGUAACAACAAUACAUUAAGGGGUUUUGAUAUUACUUGGCAAAACCCGGAUCACUGACUCAAAGAUCAGGGUCACACUUGGAAGUCAAAGGUCAAUUUUGAUCUUUUCCAGUCCUGUCUGCAAAAUAUUUUAAUAAAAGUUCAUGUGUCAUAUGGACCCAAUUAAAACAAUUGUUGGUGUAUUUGUUCAGGCUGGUACGAGUAUGACUGUGUAUCCCCUGUUUGUUGAAAACCAGUUUCGGGGACCAUAGGAUUGCGCUUUUCCAUCCGUCCGUCAUUCCGAUUUGAAUGUUACUUGGCACAAAUGCACAAAACCCGGACCCCUAGCUCAAAAGUCAAUGUCACACUUGGAGGUCGCUUGGGGGUCAAUGUUCAACAGGGCAUUUUCGUGUCCGGUCUGUAACUCAACAAUUCAUGUAGGGAUUUUAAUAUUACUUAGCACUAACAUAGCCAAUAAUAAGACGAUGUUUCUUGUACUACUUUAAGACCCCUAGCUAAAAGGUCAAGGUCACACUUGGCGGUCAAGUGUUAACAUGACAUAGACAGGGUCUAUUUCAUGUCCGGCAAGAACUUCGUCAUUUGCCAAGUGAUUACAAUAUUGCUUAGUAUAAAUGUUUCAUAAUCAGACGACGUGUGAUGCGCAGCACCCAGAACCAUAGGUCAAAGGUCAAGGUCACACUUGCAGGUCAAAGGUCAAUAGUUUUGUUUCCUAUAAGGUCAAUAACUCUGUCAUCCGUGAAAGGAUUUAAAUAUUACUUGGCACAAAUGUUUCUCAUAAUGAGAUAACGUGUCUUACGCAACACCCUAAACCCUAACUCAAAGGUCAAGGGUCACAGUCAGAGGUUAAUAGAUUUUUUCCUUUCUGGUCCAUAACUCUGUCAUCCAUUAAGGGAUUUUAAUAAAUCUUGAAACAAAUGUUCUCCAUAAUGAGGCAAUGUGUCAUGUGCCAUACUCAGACCCCUAGUUCAAAGGUCAAGGUCACACUUGAAGGUCAAAAGUCAUCACUGAUCUUUUCCUGUCCUGUCUGUAAAAUAUUUUAAUAAAAGUUCAUGUGCCAUAUGGACCCAAUUGAAAACAUUGUUCGUGUAUUUUUGUUCAGAAUUUCUUCCCUUUAAUAUGAUGAUUUCUUACAUGUAUUUCCCAUAUUUUCCCACCAGUUUCAAAAUGAAAUGUUAUCAGAAUUGAAAUUAAAUACUUCUUUUAUAUUUAUAGAUGUUAUAAGCAGUCAACAACUGUAAUCCAAAUGUUGUGUUAUAACAUAUUGUAUAUAUCGUACAAUAUUGUUUAUGUAUCAUUGACAGAUAUCAGAUCAUCAUGCUAUAUUGCAGUGCCUUCCAGUAGGGGACUUUGUAUUGCAUGGUAAUACUUCAUUCACUUGUUUUGUUAUGUAUUGCAAUUAAUGUCAGUGUAUA